AGAGCAAGUUGAUAUACACCCAGGUCGUGUUCAUUAAUAAUCAAUGAGGGUCCACUACUCAAUAAGAACAGACGUCUCAUUUAAAUAUUAAAUAAUGAAGUUGUUCCUUAUUGUAUUGGCCACUGUGUCACUCUCAAGCGGAGUCAAUUACAAUGGACUUCGGGUAAGAUUUGGAUGGGCAGACGCCAUGGUCGACAAAGAGGCCUUUUUCAGUAUACCUCGGACUAUGAGUGAAGCUGAGAGCACUGGCUGGCAAAGGAUUGAGGGACCCCCCGGACCUCUGCCGGAGCUGAUGCUGUACUGCACAGCGGGGAGAUAUGUCUGUCCACUGUUUCAUAAGACUGGCUUCGUUGCUGGGCUGCAGAUUGGGUUUCCUGUGGACGAUUUUAAAUCACCAACGAUAAGUCCUGAGAAGAGGUUGGUGAGGUGGCACGCACCGGCCACGGACACCGAACCCGCGCGAGACUACUGGACAGCUACACAAUAUUAUGUGUCUGAAGCAUCUUUAAAAGCUGGCGCAGGACCCCAAGUAGAGAAUGGAGACACGCUGCAAGAUGGCGGGGUAUGGGUUAAGGAUCUUGAAGGACAACUCAUCAGGAUCCCCAGCACUGAAGCUGAAUUGAGCAAGACGUUGUUCAAAAAACAGAAUUGCUAUCCUAAAAUGGGCACUCACUACCACUGGAAUAUGACGCGCGAGAAGAGCUGUGACGAGCUGUUGCCCUGGUUCCCGCUGGUGACCAACCAUGAUCUGAUUGGAGUCGGAUUCCAGAUCUUCGGCAGUCUUCCCGAAGUACCCAAAAAUCAACGCGAUUGGUUUGAAAAAUAUGUCGGAGGCAGACGAUCUGUUGAGGCGGUGAUUCCAGAUGCACCGGAAUGUUAUCUUGACCUUAUAGAGCAGUACCCAAUGGUUUCUUUACACGUUUAUUAUAUAAAUGAACCGUGGACCAUUAAAUGCACAGCGGCUGAUUCGGUCCUGCCGAGUGCCAUUGACAAGCUUUAGUAACAAGAGGACUAAGAGAUACACGAGCCAGGAACGCCAGAAAAUGAUUAACGAAAUGACAAAAAACUUUUCUCUCUUCAUACGAUAAUUUGAUACGAAUGAUAGAACUUAUAUCUUUUGUUGUACUUAUUUGAAAUUAAAUUUUUGAAAUAUUUGUGUAA